UCAAUUUUCCCUGGAAAACGAACUGAAACAUAUAACACUAUACAGAAAAUUCGUUUUCCCGGGAAAUUUUUAGCUCCGGCUCUCAGCUUCCAACUUUUACCAGGAUAUCAUUGUCCUUUUUUUGGUUGAUUUGAUAUGAAACAAUAAUAAGUUCGCGAAUUGAACGCGGGAUUGGCGACGGGGGAGAUUUACAUAUGAUUUUCCAGAGGGAGGGUUCGGAAAUUCUGCUGUGUGAAGAAUAUAUAUAUAUUUUUCCAUUUACGUAUAUGAACAACUUUGAUAGCUAUAUACAUUACAAACGUCUCAUUGGGAAACUUUGAAUUUGAAACUGGAGGACUGAGAUAUUGAGAUUGAAUGUUCGUCGAGCUAUGGAUACGAAGCCGUCCACAAGUUUGGUAAAUUGUUGCGAUUGUGGGUGUAGUUGUUCGCCGAUCAUGAACAGGUCAUUCUCUGGGACCAUGCUACGUUCCGUCAAGCGAAAAUUUGAUGAAUAUGACGAAGGGGGUAACAAAUUUGUGAUUCCAGGGUUUAUUAUACCUCAAAAUGCUCGUAUUGAGAUGGAAAAUGAAUGUGCUGCGCUGCGUGAGAUGGUUGCCAGCCAACAGCAGAACAUUCAGGACCUUUCAGUGGAGUUGGAGGAGGAGAGGAAUGCGGCUUCAUCUGCUGCCAAUGAGGCUAUGUCGAUGAUCUUGAGGCUGCAGAGGGAGAAGGCGGAGAUUCAGAUGGAGGCUCGCCAAUUCAAGAGGUUUGCAGAGGAGAAAAUGGCACAUGACCAGCACGAGAUCUUGGCAAUGGAGGAUUUGCUUUACAAGAGAGAGCAGGCUAUUCAAUCACUCACCUGUGAGGUGCAAAUGUAUAAACACAGAAUGAUGAGUUAUGGGCUCACAGAAGCUGAGGCUGAUGGAGACAAAUUGGGGAAUGGCUCCAUGACCCGAAGUAACAGCAUCAUUGAGAACCUUGAUGGACAGUUUGAGUUUCCCGCAUAUGAUUACCCCCCUCUUAAAUGCAAUUUGAAUGAAAAUCAGGUUUAUUUUGAACCCGAUAAUGAAUCUGUGGAUGUCGAGAAAUAUGCAUUUGGAGAAACUCCACGUUCUCGGGAUCAGUUGAAGGAUUUAGAGCAUCGCAUCAAUCAAUUGGAGAAAAGUCCGAGGAAUAAUCAGCCUGAAGGGGAAUUUUUCGGUACAAAAAAUGUGCUUGAAAAGGUCAUAGUUGGUCAUUCUCCAAGGCGGCCUAAACACUUGAGGAAGUUCUCAACUGAUAGUUCUAAUUCAUUCUCUGCAAAUGUUAGAGAAGUGGGUCCAGAUUUUUCCAUGGAUUCUCCACGGUUUGGUGGGAGCUUUAGGAAGACAGAAUAUCUGCAUCCAGAGGAACUUUCUAAUUUGAGGAAGGUUGAUAAUGCCUCAGAUAUCGGAGAUGACAUGAGCGAUAGAGUUUACACAAUUGAUUCUGUUCAUCCUGGGGCACCCCAAUGUAAUGGUGUCAAAGAACCCAAGGCUUCUGCUGCAAUUGGUGAUGAUUAUAUGGAAACUCCUAGGGGAUCGUUGGCGAAUACCAAUAUGGUUGACCCCGAGAUACAGAAGCUCUAUAUGAGACUUCAAGCACUUGAGGCUGAUAGAGAAUCGAUGAGGCAGGCAAUAAUCUCUAUGAGGACAGAUAAAGCUCAGUUGGUACUUUUGAAGGAGAUAGCGCAGAAUCUGUGCAAAGAAAUGCCACCAGUGCGAAGGCCACCUGUCAAGAAGCCAUCUUUGAUCGGGAGCUUUUCCUUCAUCUCACUAUUCAAGUGGAUUGUAUCCUUCGUUUUCUGGAAAAGGAAAGCACGCCGAUGCAAGUACAUGUUUGGAUUGUCGGCCAAUGAUGCGGGGUUGUUAAUGCUUUUAGAUAAGGCACCUCCUGUAGGACGGUGGAGAUGUCUUUCAAGCACACAAGUAUAGCGGUCCAUCUUCUGAGCCUUUGCUCAUCAAUUUGAACAUAGAGUGGAAUUUCAUUACAGUUGCUCCUUUCAGAUUUUCACUUUCCCUGUUCUGGAUUCGUGAUACUGUAAAAUUCGGCUCGAGUUGUUUGUGCAGUUUUUUUUCGCCUAUCCACUUGAUAUCUUGGAAUUCAACAAUUUUUGUUGGUUAACUCAGCAAAAAUUUCAUUACGGUCUGGCCUUGUGGGCAUGUUGUUCAUUGGUUUGAAGUGUAGCUCGAAUUAUUUGUCCUGUAGGUUUGCUUCUGUACAGUAUGGAUUGUGUAAGAUUUGUCAAUCAACUACGAUUGCCUACUUUUUUCUUGAAAA